AUGCGCGACGAGUCUCAGGUUGUCAAGUUCUCCGACGUCGCCGGCAUCGGCGACGCGAAGAUCGAGCUCGCGGAGAUCGUGGACUUCUUUCGCAAGCCGGAGAAGUUCAAGGCGUCGGGCGCCAAGGUUCCCAAGGGCGUGAUGCUCACCGGUCCCCCCGGCUGCGGCAAGACGCUCCUCGCCAGGGCCGUCGCCGGAGAGUCCGGCGCCACGUUCUUCUCCCUCACCGCGUCCGAGUUUGUCGAGAUGUUCGUGGGCGUCGGCGCCGCGCGCGUCCGCGACCUCUUCUCGCAGGCGAAGAAGCAGGCGCCCUCCAUCAUCUUCAUCGACGAGCUCGACGCCAUCGGCAGACCUCGAGGCGCGGGCGGAUCCGGCAACGACGAACGCGACCAGACGCUGAACCAACUCCUGGUGGAGCUCGACGGGUUCGGGAGCGACUCCGGGGUGGUGUGCAUCGCCGCCACGAACCGCAUCGACGUGCUGGACAAGGCGCUCGUCCGCGCCGGUCGGUUCGAUCGUAAGAUAACCGUGCAACCCCCGACGCGCGAGGGUCGACUGCAGAUUCUCAAGGUGCACGUCAGGGGCAAGCCCUUAGCCGACGACGUCGACCUGGAGGACCUGGCGUACGAGAUGAACGGGUUCACCGGCGCCAUCAUCGCCAACGUGGUCAACACCGCCUGCCUCGCCGCGGCGCGGGAGGGACGCGACGACAUCUGCCAGGCUAACUUUGACGCCGCCGUGGAGGCGGAGCAGCUCGGCAAGAUUUUACCGGUGUACCGCGGAGAGGAGAACGAACGAAGGAUCGCGCGCGUACACGCCGGGUGCGCGGUGGCCACCGCCAUCCUCCUGAGGGACGUGUGCAAGGUCAACUUCGCGACGAUCACCCCGAGGGAGACCAACAUGGACGGAUGCGUGGCGCUGAAGGACUUCCCGGAGGUUGAGCGACCCAACGCGAUGACGAGGGCGAUUAUCCAGCGGCACCUUCGCUCGUGCUUUGUGCCGCAGCUCGCCGAGGAGGAGCACUACGGCUUCGACGACUUGUCCGCCGCGGCGGCGCCGUACACGGCACGCGCCCGGGAGAUCGCGGCGAUGAUGGUGACCGCGGCGGGCAUGUCCUUCGACGGCAGCCAGCUCAACUACGUUCCCACGGUUGACCAGUACGAGGUUAAGGAUUUCCUUCGAACCGAGGCGGUGGAGAUGCUGAUCCGGUCCACCACGCCCGAUAAGUACUACCAGUCCGACAUCGAGGCCAGAGAGAUGAUGGAGAUGGAGCACAGGGCGGCGAGGAGGUUCGUGAGGCGGCAAAAAGCCGCGAUCGACGCCGUGACCGCCGCGCUGGUGGAGCACAAGACGGUUGAUUGGGACAUGAUGAGCGGCAUCCUCGAAGAGCACGCGGUGCCCGAGCCGGAGUUUGAGGAGGAGAUUGGGAAGGUGUGGGUGUCGCCGGAGGACCGCGAGAGGCUCGUGCCGUCCACGAGGGAGAUGCCGGAGGGUGCGGUGCCCGCGACGAACGAGUGGAUCGAGACCUAA